AUGACCCCCUGCCACACGCGCCUCUUCGUUGCUCUGUCCCGGCCACGCGUGCCACCCCGUCCUGCCUCCGGCGACGCAAACCACCUCCGCCCGCGGGCGCCGCCGCACGAACCCCGCGCGUGUCAUGUACGCCAGCUCCACCCGAAUCGCCGCCGCAGCCUCCCUCCACACAAACCAUGCACCGCCGCCACCUUGGGCCGUUCAACAACACAUCCCAAGGAUGUUCACCACCGCAUCACCCUGAUCCCCACUGCCACAAAAUGCUCCGAUGAGGCCCAGAUCGUUCCUCCCCGUGGUUCAUAG